CUGUUUUGGUAAUCGUCAGGUUAGAAGUGUCGCUCAAUGUACAUUUAAUUUUCUUCAAAAUAAGCGCAUAUUCGAGAAGGGAACAGACAUCUGCCAUCACGUACUAGAAUAAAAGUCACGAUAUACAUCGGAAUCAAACUAAAGUCUUUGAUGAUCAUCAUGGCGCUGGUUAUUGCUUCGUGUUUUUGUUUUCUUGCUGCUGUCGCAAAUGGCGCACAAGAACGAUUUGUUGCGGAGCCGGAUAUUCCCGAGCUUAUUCAAAGACUGGAUACGCUCACAAAUCAAUUCACUGCGCUUACAAGUCAAGUGAACGACAAUAAAGCCGAGAUCGCCAAACUACGUCAUGGGCCGAUUGCAUUUAAAGCUCAUCUGACCGGCGCUCUGAACCCGGGCCCCAACCAGCGUAUUAUCUACAACGACGUGCAAUUGAACCUUGGGAAUGCCUACCACCAACAUUUAGGAGGCUUUCUUGCACCUUUCAACGGAACUUACUUGUUUUCCGUGUCCGCUUGCUCGGGCGGCGGUCAUCACAUAGUCCUCGAUCUGAUGAAUCAUGGAAGCUUGAUUGGAAAAAUACUUGGCGGGGAUCCAGCGUAUUCCGAUUGCUCUUCCGAGACAACCAUCACUGAACUGAAGCAAGGGGACGAAGUGUACGUUCAACAUCACUCGUCUAAAGGGGAUAGUAUAGUCGCAAAUGAUGCUACCCUGAACAGUUUUACUGGUGUUCUUUUGCAGGUAGUGUAGAUUGACGAUUAAAACAGUUAAAAUU